GGUGUGUAGUACACAGAUGAUACGGAUUUUGCAAUUGCAGUCGUCCCCGAGUAUUGAGUCUCGCUCGCGACCGUGCCGUAGCUCGUAACGCAAUUCUGCCGACUAGCUAUGCCAUUCUUCGUCCGUUUGAAGGCGACGGGAAGCAAGUAAGAUCGCGCGAAUGAUAUUCGAUCGCGAGGACGACUCGCUGGAUGCUCAACGGUGCAUGCGCUGCCGUGGAAGGACAAUCCCCACACGUUCGUGAAUGCAAUUCUACCACUAUCCGGGACACGUAUGACGGGCAUUAACCGCUUCGUUUUACCUGCAUCUUGGCAAUAGGAGUUGGCCAGAUGAAGAUAAUGUCAGACGAUGAUGCUGCAUUGGAAUCAAUGGAUACUGAGGAAGAGAUCUUUUGUCCUCGCACCCGCAGCUUGGAGUCAAAUGUUAGACGGUCCAAGAACUUGCGCAAGCUGAGGUCACAUUCCGGCUCUACGUCUCAUAUAAACAAUUUAAGCGUACGCCGUAGUACACGUAAUAGGAUGCAGACUUAUGACAACCUUAAUACAAGUUGGAUCUUAGGAACGCAAACUUUAAAAGGAUAUCCGAUGUUUCAACAACAUGCUUCUUCUUCGGAUAAAGAGAUAGAUGAUGUUCCUGGCAGGAAGCGUGAUCUCAGAGAUCGUAUGCCUUUGAGAUCUCGCGAGAAUCAUCCACCUAAUAAAAAUUCAACGAGACAUAUUAGAGACAGGACGGAACACGAUCGACAAAAUAGCAGGGAGCUCAGAGGCAGGCUUAGGGCUAACUCGGAAGUAGAGCUUAAGGAAAAGGCAGAACAAGAGAAGGAUGUUACUACCGAACAACCAAGGCAGACAAACGAAGAAAAAGACACUAGGACGAGAAAGUCGGACAGUCCUAGCAGAUUUCGAGAAGGCCCUGUGACCAGAUUGUGCGGAAAUACAGUGGAAAAAAAUGAGAAGCCCAAGACGGAGCAGGACGAAGCAGAUGAUGAUAGUUCGCGGGAAAGUGAAAAACCAGAUAAUAACGACAAUUCUGAAAAUGAGGAUGGAUACGAAGAUAUGUAUACACGUAUUAAAAGAACAAGACGGUCGACUCAACGACAACUACCAAGGGUGGUGGAGGUGGACAGUGAUCUAAGUGAAUCCUCGGAUUCUCCCGGGCCUAGGAAAUACAGUUUACGUCAAAAGAAACCUACCGUAGAUAGAUUCCAAGCCAAUGUAGAGCCAGUUCGGCGAUCUAUUAGGGCUCUUAGAAGUGUUCUCAGUAAUUCGAUGAGAAGGAGGAAGCACAGAACUAAAACCACGAGUUCUAGUGAUUCCAGUGAUUCGGAACCUCAACGUUAUGACAAGAAAAAGGGCAAGAAAGCGAGACAAUCGGCGAUACCACAGGGUGGCCCGCCAGAUCGAAAAGCUGACAUAAAUCCUAUCACCUUAGACACUAAUAUUAGAUUUAGCGACGUUGGGGGUUUGGAAUCCCAUAUUCACUGCCUUAAGGAGAUGGUUGUCUUUCCUAUGAUGUAUCCGGACGUUUUCGAAAGGUUUCACAUUACCCCACCGAAGGGUGUCUUGUUUCAUGGCCCACCAGGGACCGGCAAGACACUGAUAGCCCGGGCGUUAGCCAAUGAGUGUAGUCAAGGUAACAAAAAGAUGGCAUUCUUCAUGAGGAAGGGAGCUGACUGCCUGUCAAAGUGGGUCGGCGAAUCGGAACGUCAAUUGAGAUUGUUAUUUGAGCAGGCUCAACAGAUGAAACCGUCCAUAAUAUUUUUUGAUGAAAUAGAUGGUUUGGCGCCUGUCAGAAGCACCAAGCAAGAUCAAAUCCAUGCCAGUAUCGUAUCCACACUCUUAGCGCUCAUGGAUGGUCUCAGUGACAGAGGAGAGGUUAUAGUGAUCGGUGCAACAAACAGAAUCGACGCCAUCGAUCCAGCCUUGCGAAGGCCCGGUCGCUUUGACCGUGAACUCUUCUUCCCGCUACCAGCCAUGAAGGAGAGAUUAGAAAUUCUGAAGAUUCAUGUGAGCAAGUGGAAAAAUCAACCGUCUGAUCAGCUACUGGAGAUAUUGGCGGAGAAAUCUACCGGUUACUGCGGCUCGGACCUGAGAGCCUUGUGUACCGAGGCAGUGCUGCAAGGAUUGAAGAGAACCUAUCCGCAAAUUUACAUGACAGACAACAGACUAUUGCUGGAUCCAGAGAAGGUCGAGGUGCAAAAACGUGAUUUCAUGCAAGCAAGCUCUAUCCUCGUGCCGUCGUCGCACAGAGUCGCGCCAUGCGCGGGAAGGAAACUGCAGCUUUUUAUGAAACCACUAUUGGGGCCUCCACUGGAAGAACUGAUUGUGUUAGUGAAAGGGAUAUUUCCUCAAGGUGUAAAUCCCGCCAUGGCAAAAGUAAAGCAUGCUAAAGGUAUUCAUCGUCCGAGAGUGCUCAUUUCUGGUGGCAAUCUAUCUGAAGGUCAGGGGCCGAAUUUAGCGCAAGCAUUAUUGUAUUGUAUGGAACAUCUGCCUGUACAGAUCUUAGACGUCAGCACGCUGUUUGCAGAAAGUGCCCGAUCACCGGAAGAAACUUGUGUACAGGUAUUUAAUGAAGCUGCUAGAAACGUCCCGUCCAUAAUUUACAUUCGGUCGAUCGACCAAUGGUGGCCUCUCGUUCCGGAGACGGUAAAAGCAGUCUUUCUCUGCCGUAUCGCAGCACUAGAUCCUUCAUUGCCGAUCUUAAUUCUCGCUACGAGCGAUGCGACGUAUCAAGAUCUCCCUAACCAAUUAAAAAGCUUGUUCAGCGAAUUGCGUGGCGAAGUAUAUUCCAUGAAGACACCCACCGCCGAGCAAAGAAUGAAAUUCUUCCGACCUAUAUUUAUGGUUCAAAGUAUGAGGCAGCUACGGAUCAAAAGCAACAAAAUAGAAGAUUUAGAAACACUGCCACUAGCGCCAGACCCGCUGCCAAAGAAACUGACGAAAGAAGAGAAGCAAAUCAUGUACGAGAAGGACGAGGUCUCGUUGAGGGAACUACGGAUCUUCCUGAGGGAAAUUUGCGCCAAAUUAGCGAGAAACCGACAAUUCUUCAUGUUUACGAAGCCAGUGGACACGGAAGAGGUGCCGGAUUACAACUUGAUAAUAAAGCAACCGAUGGAUCUGGAGACGAUGAUGACGAAGAUCGACAUGAAUUGUUAUCUGUGCGCUCGUGAAUUUCUCGACGACAUCGAUCUCAUAUGUAGGAAUGCUCUGGAAUAUAAUCCGGACAGCUUACGUGAUAGGCCCUCCCUCGGGAUAUUAAAGAGGGAUCCCGCGGACAAACUGAUAAGACAUCGGGCAUGUUCCUUGCGCGAUAAUGCAUACGCCUUGAUAAAGGCCGAGCUGGAUUCCGAUUUCGAGGACAAGUGCCGCGAGAUAUCCAAGAAUCGUCGAAUAUUAGAAAGUAACUGUAACAACGAGGAAGAGAAUAAACCCGUCAAAACGGAAUCUACUUCCACGAGUGAACGUACGGAAAAGAAAGAUUCUGUAAAUUCUAGUCAUUCUCUCGUCGUGAACGGAAAGAAAUUUGGUAGUUCGAGGAAACGCAAGAUACCAGCCUGGGCGCGGGGUUAUGUGAAGAAGGUCCAAAAAAAGAAGAAGAUCGCUUUCGACGAGAACGUCAUCGAACUGACGAGUAAACCAUGCAACGAAACGACCAGUAUCGAUCUAGAAAAGUUCCAGGAAUUCGAGACGGAGGCUCAUAAUGUUUUGAACGGGCACAUAGGAUUGUACGAUAACACCGAUUCGGAGAACGACUCGCAAAAUGAGAAUUCGAAGGAGACACAGGGGAGCCAGAACGACAGCAUACUGGACCAACAGAUAGAUAAUCUCGACAGUACGGAGUUAUCUCUCGCGGACGAGGACAGGCCCGUUGGGAACGGUGACUCGAAUUCGUCGUCUCGGCGCGAAAGCAUGGAUGAGUUGUCAUUCGCGAUCGAAAGCGAUUCUAGUCGGGAUAAAAUUGAAGAGAACGAAAAAGUUAUUAUUGACAGAAAUGAGCUCGAGAACGCGCUACACUUCACAGUGUCAACGACGAAGAACUUUCCUGUCGAAGUGCUGUGCGAUAUUUAUGUGCAACUGAGCAGAUGCGUUGGGAAAUAUGCUCACAACUACGAUAGAAAAUCACUGCCAAAGGACUUGCUCAAGGAAGUGGAAAAGUUUGCAGAGUACAAGACGCAGCGUUAUUAGAGUUAUAGUACGCAAGUACAGCAUUCAAUGAUAAAAUGCAGUAUGUUGCUGACACGAGACAAAUGUGCUAUGUAAAAUCAUACCACCAUAAAUAUCUUUAGCGACGAGUCAGAUCGUUUCUUUUGUAUAUUUAUACUGAAUGCAAAGCCGAAUUAUCACUGUUAUAUCGAACGAAACUUUGGAAUGGUAUAUUUUUUUGGUUGUUAUACUGCCAAGCUUUACGUAAAUAACAUCACGUAUCUGCAACAAUCGCAUUUGUUAUAUAAGAUAGCGGAUAAUUAGCUUUAGUUGAAGAUUGAGUUCUAUAUACUUAAUCGGAUUGGUUUUCUGUACAUAUUGUAAAAGCGUUGUAAAUGAUAGAUGAUUAUUUGAUAUUUCAUACGAGGUAACGUUGCACCGUAAUGAUUCUCUGCCGCGAGUAAUGAGAAAAAGGGAACUGCGUUGUCUACGUGUAUAACACGUUUUGUUAUUUGCAACAAUUAUUUAGACAAAUUCUUUCCUUUUUUCUAAUUCAAUUACAAUUUGCUUCCGCGCACAUAUAUGUUUUUUCUUACCUUAAUUACCAUUACACGCUACCAUUACAUUAUCGUUUUAUCGUUUUCAUCCAACAAAUAAGAAUAAUCAUAUUAUUACUAUUAUUAUUAGAAUUAUUUUUAUUAAUAUCAUUAUUCUGAUUUUGUAACUAUUUUAUCAUCGAGAUUAUAUUACCAUACCUACAUAACGCAGUCACACGUAAAACAAAGCUAAUAAUAACGGACAUUAUUGCAUAAUCCUUCGAUCAUACGGACUUCCUUUUUUCAGAACAUUUGUAAGAAAAAGAUUUCAAAUUUGAAAAGAUCAAACGAAAAUAUAUCGGGUCUAUUUUUGUCACGUCCUUCAAAAUUAUCUCUGAAAUUCUGUGUAAUCGAGCAUACAAUAAAUCACAAAAAUGCAGGAAUUUGUACAUUGUGUACUUAACUAUUUCCGUUCUGAUAGAUUUCACCAGAUUCAUUAACAUGAAUGAAUAAUUGUGUGCAAUUUUUAAUUCAUUUUGUAGUUUUAUGACGCGAGUUUGACGUUUUAUUAUAUUGCUGAUAAGAGACUAUCCCAUUUCAUAUUCAAACACACAUUUACAAUCAUGUAGGGAGAACCAAAAUAUAAAACCGUUGAAAAUAUAUUUCUAUUGAUCUGCCAAGAUCAAGGUUCUCUUCUUACAUCAAUAUACCUCGCGCUACAGAGUGUAUCAGUUCGAAUUAUUGUUAGUAUAGAAUGAUACGUUUUGUGUAAAAUGAUGGCGAGUAUCAGAAGUCAUCCUUUUGAGAAAACAAAUCCACAUAUGAGAAUCUUUAGGUAUGAUUUAUAGAACUGGAAUUAACCCGGUGAGCAUACGAUGUUCAAAAUCAACGCAUAAGAUGUCUUUAAGACUAUUUUAAGCGGGGUUUACAAUGAGCAUUUAAGGUGUAAGAUUUAAGAAAUUGACCAAUCACAAUUGAUUAUUCUUCUAUGAUUCGAUUAUGAUUAGUCAGUUUCUUAAGACUUAGAACUUAAAGCACCUAUUGUAGACUAGGAUUUACGGCGUCUUAACUCAUUAGCUGCCACGAUCCCCAUUUGGGGCUCAAAACAAAACAUAAUUUGAAUAUAAUUAUACUGUUACACAAGUUUUUGUGCAUAUAUAUAACUUAUCCUGCCAAAAAUUUCAAAAAAAAAAUUUGGCAGUUAAUGGGUUAAAGGCAUGUCUUUAAAUCCUUGUCUACAACAUUGCUUUAAGACGUAAGCAGUAAACAAAUUGACCAAUUAGUUCCGGUCUACAAUAGAUGCUUUAAAAAAUUGAC